AUGUCGAUAUUCCACGACGAGGUUGAGAUUGAGGACUUUGACUACGAUGAGGAGACUGAGACGUACACGUACCCGUGCCCUUGCGGCGACCUCUUUGAAAUCACAAAGGAGGAGCUGAUGGACGGCGAGGACAUUGCACGCUGCCCAAGCUGCUCGUUGAUUAUUCGUGUCAUCUACGACAUGGAUGACUUUUUGGAGGAGGAAGAGGACAUUGAGCUGACGGUGAGCGAUAAGGACGAGGAAGAGAAGGAGCAAGCCAACAAGGAAGACGGCGCGGACAACGACAAUGAUGACACAGACAAGCUGCAGCAACAGCUCGAGGACAUGGUGAUGCAGGACCAGCAACCACCAAGCAAUAAACGGCGAACAGAGGAGCCCGAAACAGCAUUGCAGACCCUCUCAUAG